GGGCGGGCGCGUCCCGGAGGCCUGCGCGGCCAUGGCGCUCCCGCUCGCCGCUCUGCGAGUCCUGUUGGGCGGCUUCUUCGCGCUCACGGGGGCGGCCAAGCUCUCGAAGCAGAUCUCGGCUCCGGUGUCAGAGCAGAUGAAAGCCCUGUUCGUGCAGUUCGCUGAGGUGUUUCCGCUGAAGGUGUUCGGCUACCAGCCAGAUCCCAUGAGCUACCAAGUAGCUGUGGGCUGGCUGGAACUACUAGCUGGUUUGCUGCUGGUCCUGGGCCCACCGAUGCUGCAAGAGAUCAGCAACUUGCUUUUGACACUGCUCAUGAUGGGGGCUAUCUUCACUUUGGUGUCUCUCAAAGAGUCACUGAACACCUGCAUCCCCGCCAUCAUCUGCCUGGGGCUCCUGCUGCUGCUGGAUAUCUGCUAGCUCUUAGUCCAAACUAAAAAGAUGUUCAGAUACCCUAGGAAGAAGUCUCCAAGUGCAUUCAAGGAAUCCUGGGAGUAGAGUCUGUCUUGUCUCUUCAUGCCAUGUCACUGCCAAAGCAGGAACAUGGUGGAACACAGAGUGUCACCUUGUUACUAGUACACCCAAGGUUGGCCAGUGUUGAAGUAGACAUCUGGUCUACCUGGCCCUGUUUUUCUCUCUUGGACAUUUACUGCUCUUUUUUGAGGGGUACACGUUACACAUUCUAGCAUUCCUCAUGUCAUGUGAAAAUAGAAAAUAAAUUUAAAUCACCCAAACUUUUAAUGCCCCCAAAUAACUACAUUCAAUUCCUUUGUAUAACUGUACCUCCCAGUUUUUUUCUGUGCCUUUAUACAGAUUUUUUUAAAUGAAAAUGAGACCAUAUAUACUACUUUAUUACCUGCUUUUUAAACCUAAUACACUGUAAUACCAUUCUCUGU